GUCCAAUCGAACCUCUUGCAAUGCGGCAAAACUUGGCGGUGCACGGUGUUGCAACAAUCAGAGGCGACGGCCCAAGACCAUACCAGUCGCCACUUUGUGGUCGACUCGCGUGCCCGCGAACGUUGUACCUCUCACUUUUCAAACUACGAACACAACUUUUAAAAUUAAUCAUGUAAGCUCGGAUUGACGCAUAGUGGAAUAAGUUGUUUUUUUCUCAUUAACCAUGGAGUCGGAAAAGGAGGCGACUCAAGUGCGCGAAGUGUUGUUGGUGAAGCCAAAUUACAUGCUUAUGUCCUUGCAGAGGAUAUUAGUGUUAACUGUAAUACUAGCCGGAGUUAUUGUUGUGGUGCAUUAUACGCCGAUGCCAGAGGAAUAUUUCGAAAACUGUGACCGAGAAUGUCACGAGUUGGAUUGGCCAAUGAUAUGCCGCGUGAAACUAGUCAUCGAGGUCUACAAAACGCUUAGCAAAUCUUGCGGCAGUUGCACGGAGAAGGAUGGGGGCGAUUGUCCUGCAACAUGCAUAUCUGCGGACGGUCGGGAGCGGGGAGUCCUGGUGGCCAACAGAGCUCUGCCGGCACCUACCCUGCACGUCUGCGAGAACGACAUCCUAGUCGUAGACGUGGUGCAUCGAGCUCCAGCACACGCGCUGUCUAUCCACUGGCGCGGUCAACCACAGAAAGAGACUCCCUUCAUGGAUGGAGCUCCCAUGCUGACCCAGUGCCCUCAGCCUGCCUACACAACAUUCCAGUACAAAUUCCGUGCGUCAGCUGUUGGCACGCACAUGUAUCACGCACACUCUGCUGCUGAUGCCGCAGACGGUCUCGCGGGGGCCUUCGUUGUGCGCCAGUCUCCACGUCUCGACCCUCUUAAGAAAUUAUAUGAUGUGGACGCAAGUGAACACACUAUCUACGUGUCGGAAUGGGGUCAUUCAAUGGGACCCCUCGCCGGGGUCAUUUCGCGCAUCCCAAACGCUGAAUCACUACUCAUAAAUGGUAGAGGAAAAUCAUCCGAAUCCCCUGACUCUCCACAGUCUUCAUUCAAUGUGGAAUAUGGAAAGAGAUAUAGGUUCCGUUUGGCUUACGGAGGGGGAUCAAAAAGCUGUCCGAUUACAUUUUCAAUUGAUCAUCAUGUUCUGGAAGUGAUUACUUUGGACGGGCACCCGAUUCAGCCGGAACGUGUGAAUUCCAUUGGGUUAGGCCGAGGGGAGCGAGUUGAUUUUAUUUUGGAAACUAAGAGAGCACCCGGCGAGUACAAAAUCAGAGUUGCCGCUGUAAAGAGUUGCCAAGACAACUUGGAAGGUGUAGCCAAUUUAGUAUACGAAAACAAGGAACAAAAAGUGCUGCACAAAGAUGACGACACAGUUAAUGCAGAAGUGUACCGUGAGUUAACGACAGUGUCUAGUGAUCGUUGUGAAUCUGACAAUGUGAUAUGUUUGAAUGAGCUCCACGCAUCUACCAAACUGCCAGCUGAUCUCGUGGAUAAUCUUGACAACAUAAUUUAUGUGCCUUUUAAUUAUUCGACAAGGCAAAUUUCGGCGAAACGAGUCGAGAGUUGGGGACAAACCGACGGGCAUCGCUUCACAUACCCAGCAUCACCGCUGCUGACUCAGGGUGACGAUGUGGGGGCCAACGCCUUCUGUCCCAAAGAGCCGGGCCAUGGAGACGAGUGUGUGCAUGUCAAGAAUGUACCUCUAGGAUCCACUGUGGAGCUGGUUAUGUUUGAUCAAGGUGGAGAAUCCGACCACAUAUUCCACCUUCACGGCUACAGCUUCUACGUGGUCGGCAUGCGAGAACUCAGCAGGAGUUACGACAGAGAUGCCAUUAGAAAGAUGAAUGAAGAAGGAACACUGUUUAACAAGAACCUCGUCGACCCAGUACGAAAAGAUACUAUAGUAGUGCCGAAGUACGGAGCAGUCGCACUCCGUUUUAAGGCUGAUAACCCUGGCUUCUGGAUGAUGAGAGACGAAAGAUCCUCACACUGGACCAGAGGCCUAGACUUUAUUCUCAAAGUAGGCGAACAGAGUGAUUUCGUUCAAGCGCCCCCCGACUUCCCUAAAUGCGGGUCCUAUGUCGGCCCCGAAUAUUUUCUCAUAUGAGUCCGACCGUACGGUCGAUCCUAUAGUUACCUUUAGUUUGUAUUGCUCAAUCUAUUUAUUUGAUUUGUGAUAUGUUUGUUUAGGUUAUUCAUUACUUACAGCGCAAUUGGUUUUUUAUUGAAGGAUAAAUAAAUAUUAAGUUUGGGUCGAAUAGUAGGAUAAAAAUGUUGUUGUUCAGUAACACGUUUUGAUAUCGUGUUCUAAAUUAUUUUAAGCUGUGAAUGAUAAAAACCUGUACCUACUUAUAUUAAACAGUUAUUCUAGCAGUGUAAAUAAAUGUAAUUUUUAAGU